CUGGUUUUAUCCAGCCAAACACAAUACCGCCUCAUUUUCUCUCUCUGCUGCUUCUUGCUCACAAUUUCUUUUCUUUUCUUUUAGAUUUUCCCUUUUUAGUUUACUUUCUCGAGAAAAUUCAAGCUAUUUUCCUUUCUAGUUUACUUUCUCUAGAAAAUUCAAGUGUAUUUUCUGACAAAGUGAAGAAAAACAUAAACAACCCAACUUUUGUUUUGUCCGUCUUGAUUUUUUUUUGGGUUCGAAUCCUUAAUAGUUCGGUCAUCCCUCGUUGUAUAAUACCAAAAGCAGUUUUAUUGAAUUAAUGGUUUUGAUAAAUUUGAUUUCCUUGGAAUCAUAUCGAUCUUAAUUAGAUUAAAAGCGAUGAAAGGUGUGGCAUUAGAGCGGUGGAGGGAUUAUUUCAGGACAGCAAAUUCAGACAUAUUUGAUAUAAUCGAACAUGCAAUUGUGUUGGCAGCUUUGGAUUGUCCUAAAGAGUUCAGAUUACGUAGAGAACAUAUUGCUGAGAAGCUCUUCACCUGUGAUUUUAUUCGCUGUUCGGGUUGCGCCGGCGUGGAGUUGGCCGGAGAUGAUACUUUGCUGAAUCAAAUUGCUAGUAAUUAUAGCUAUGGAGAGGCCGAGGCUUUGACUGAUGAAAUUGAACAAGAGUCUAUGAUUGUUGGUGAAGUCUUCAGGAUUAAAGACGUUCUUCUCAACAGUCAAGAUGAGCCUGAUUCUAUAUUGUUUGAUUCAUUGAGGAGACUUCAGUUAAUGGAGUUGACAGUAGAUGUUCUCAAGGCAACUGAGAUUGGAAAGGUUGUAAACAGUUUCAGAAGGCAUUCGUCGAAGCAGACUCGUCAUCUCGCACAAACUAUCAUCGAUGGGUGGAAGGGACUGGUGGAUGAGUGGGUUAGUGCGACAGAGGCUAUUGUUGAGGGUACUCCAGAAUCUAUGAAUCCAUCUGUCGUUGAUGAAGAAGUAGUAGUAGAAGAAGAAGAAGGGCUUCCAUCUCCGCCAUUAGAUGAAGGAGCUUUUUUUGCUACUCAACCUACAUCAAUGGAACUCUCACAGUUCUUCGAUGGCAUGGAUGAUGAUGGAAAUCCACAAAGCAAUGCGGAAUUCAAAAGGAACUGGGAUAGUGGAAGAAAGCCAUCACAGGAGAACCAAACCUUUUCAAAAGGGAAAAAGAAGACUUCAAGCAAAACAAAUCUGGGUAUCAAGGAUGACAAGAGUCAACAAAUGAAGAGACUAGAACCUGUUGCAAAACCUAAUAGCAAGCCCUCAAGCAUAAAUACUGGGUCCGGGAUACCCCAAAAAAACAAUGUGGAGAAAAAGCCCAACAGUGAACCAAGUUUGCUGAAAACACCAGAUAAGAUGGCUGUCCUCAAGAAGCCUCUCAGCUGUCAACAAGAUAAACUCAAGACAUCUGAUGAACUUUCCGUCCAGCAAAAGCUUGAGGCCACAAAAAGGAAGCUUCAAGAGCGAUAUCAACAAGCUGAGAAUGCCAAGAGGAAGCGGACAAUACAGGUAAUGGAGUUGCAUGACCUUCCAAAGCAAGGGUCUAGCAACAAUAACCAUAAUCGGCACUGGUUAAAUAGAAGGAGAUAGUUUCUUCCAGCUGGAAGAGUGGUGUAGAUAGCCUCUCAAGUAUCUUCCAUUUUGCAAAGUGGGUGGAGGAACACCAAUAACAAACGGGUGCACCGAGACCUGAGCACUUUGGCCACGGAUAAUAAAGAAUCCGUUUUAGUGAUCAUGCUAUAAAAGGAAACAAACUCUUGAGUAGUGUCCUACAUUUUGAAACUUGGAGGUAUAUGGACUUUUCUUUUACUAUGAAAUUAUAGGAUUGGUCAAUCACACAUUUGUGGACUGAAUUCUUGAAUUAAUACUAGAAUGAGGAUGGAUCUCUGCUUAGAAUCCUUAGUUUGAACCCAUCCCUUAUUCUUUUUCCCUCAUAAAUGAGGCCGAUACUCGAGUUUACUUGGAGUAAGUCCUCUUUAAUGGUGCCUUGAUAUCAAGUGGAACUGGAAAUGAAGAACACAAAAACACAACUCAAGCAUCCGAGUAGGAAAGCUGUAAGCUGUUAAGAAAUGUUGUAAGUUCUUGAAUUUUGAUGUUAUGUAGGAAAAUAUUUUUCUUUCCCUCUCAUGUGCUGUGCUCUCUUGAUUAGAUGACCUAUUCAAUCUAUAUCCUUUUCAUUUAAGUGAUUGCAAUAGCUCUCGCAUGAACCAAGCGACCUCAGUAGUUAAAAG